UAUCCCUUCCAAAAUGUUUGCCUGAACCGUUCUAACUCUGGCUUUUCCUGUUCUCCAAGUGGAUGUUCAAUCCCUUUCAGAACCUUGCUAAGUUCUUUGGACCAGCAUCUUGUUGCAGUGAGUUCCGCAGUCUAAUCAUGCCUUAAAAUCUUGCUUUAUUAUGUGAACCGGCACAACAGGGGGACACGUGGCUAACACUGAAUCAGUGGGUAACACUUGCUUAUGUGUGAAAACACUCGCUAGGGGCCACGGAUUCUGGCCUCACUCUGCCAGGCUUGCUGAGAAUGAACAUGGCCACCUUGUUCACUGCUUGCUCUUUAGCCUUCUAGUUAAUAAUUAUCCACACUUCAUAAGAGAGCAAAGUCUCAUGCCUUCCUGGGCUGUGGAGGACCUUCAUCGCUCCCCUUUUUACCCAGGGGUAGCUCACUUCCAGUGCAGCUGGGCCUGGAACCCAGGACCUGCUGUGACAGACCCAAGUCUCUGGGGGUGACGUCUCAGCUGGACUGCAGACAGCGUGGCCAGGCCUGUGACCCACUGACGAUAUACACCCUGCCCUCCUCCUCGGCUGUGCUGGGCUCUACAGCGCUGCUGAAAUGCCGGUUCAAUAUCGGGGGGCCGAUCAAUCUAACCGCCCUGCAGGUUCACUGGUAUUUCUCAGAUCAGAGUGUGGCGCAGUACGACCGAGGGGAGGAAAUAUUCGCACCAGGGGUGAGCAUCUCCAAGCAGGAGUUACAGAUCGGGAACGCCUCCCUGGGGAUGGAGAACGUACAAAUGUCGGACGAGGGGCAGUAUACAUGUGUGGUCGGCUACGGUGCGGAGCGGCAAGAGAGCGAGACGACUCUCCGUGUGUUGGCUGCUCCCAGACUCUCCAUCCCGCGGCGAGCGGCCAGGACAGACACAGCGACCUCCUUCCCCUGCCACGUGUGGGGAUUCUACCCCGGGGACGUCACCGUCACGUGGCUGAGAGACGGGCGGGUUCUGACCGACGCCACCCGCUCUACCCCCCAGAGGAACCCAGACGGGACCUUUAACCUCACCCUGACCCACACCUUCACCCCCAGCGCGAGCGACUCCAGCAGCAUCUUCUCCUGCCGCGUCAGCCACGCGGCUCUGGCCCAGCCCCUGCGCGAGGAGUUCCCCCUGGAUGUCACAGUCCCAAGAGCAGAAGCGGAUCACACCAGCGCCGCGAUUGGGGCGACCCUGGGGAUCCUGGUCGCAGGGGGAGCUGCGGCUGCAUUAGCCAUGUACUGCCGGAGGAAGAGGAGGAGGCAGGAAGGCCCUUCCAGUGCAGUGAAGACGUCCCCCGAGGACCCAGCUGGGAGCGGAGACAAGAUGCAUGGCGAGGACACGUUGGGGAUGGGGAAUGAUGGGAUCAGCGACGCCGGGGAGGGGUCUGAGCGGCAGCUGCUGUUACCUGCUCAGGGCCAGGAGCAGAGCGAGACACAGGAGCAGGACGGGGCGCAGGGCACAGCAAGUUCCAAUUCCUCUGGAUCAAAAGCGUCUGACGUGGACACAAGGGCGUCAUCCUGCAUCAUGCAGGGGGGCCCAGAGGCAGAGGGGCCAUCCCCGAACACGGAGCCAUUGGGGGAGACGGGAGGCCUGGAUGAGGAGCGAGUGGGGGCAGCUUCCCCACAGGCACAGCCGGCGGCAGAGGUGGCAUUCCCAGCCCAGCCCAGUACGGCUGGGGAGAGGGGAGAGACGGAUCUGAACCAGCACAGUGGGGAGGCGAUGGUGCCCACCAGCCAGACCAACGCGGAGGAUCAGGGGUCACCCAGCAGCCAGACCACAGCAGCUGCAGACACGGUGCCGGAUCCUGCCCAGGAGGAAGAUGCCGAGGGAGAGGCCGGAGUCCCACAGGCUCCAGUUCUCGGCGAGAUCUCCCGGCCGCAGGUCCUGACCCAUGGGGAGAAGGUUACACUGAGCUGCCAAAUAUCCGGCUUCUACCCCAAGGACCUGAGUGUGACCUGGCUCAGGAGGGACCAGGGGGCCGGGGCUGCUGUUCCCCUGCAGGGCUCUGCCGAGUACAGAAUCGACCCCGGAACUCCCCGCACACAGGACGGGAAAAGCUUCCAGCAGGAGACGAGACUCAGCUUCACCCCCUCAAUGGAGAGAGACCAGGGGGUCGAGUACGUCUGCCGGGUGGGACACGUCGCCCUAGGGACCCCCCUGGAGAGACGCAGCCGGGAGCUGCAGGUGACGGACCCCACAGCCGCGCCAGACGGGAAAUCCUACAGCGUGACAUCCCAGCUCCUCUUCACCCCCGUGCUGCCCGAGGACGACGGGGCAGAGUACCAGUGUUCUGUGGAACAUCAAACCCUACAGGAGCCUGAAGCAAAAUCCACUGGGCCGCUGGAGCUGCGAG